AGGGCUUCACUGACUCAGAGAAAUUGCGCCGUAUGUAUUUAUCCAGCAUUAAUGGGGCUAAAUUAAAAUAAAAAAGUAAGAUCAACUGGGAAUGCCUAUUGGAUGUUGACGGUGACAGUGGAUUGACACGGAUGGAAUGAUGGUUGUGCCAUGCAAAGGAAUGGCAAGGCGAAGAUGAAGACAAUCACAACAGCAAAAAUUACAUUUGACAAGGAUUCAGGUGGACUUGCUGGUGGAAUUGAAAUUUGCAUCACAUUCCCAACAGAAUAUGUAAAAACACAGCUACAGCUCGAUGAACGGGCAAACCCUCCUCGUUACAAGGGCAUCGGUGACUGCGUUCGUGUGACUGUUCAGGAUCACGGGUUCAGAGGACUGUACCGAGGCCUCAGCUCCCUGCUCUAUGGUUCCAUCCCAAAGUCUGCCGUCAGGUUUGGAGUCUUUGAGUCUCUGAAGAACCACUUGGUCAAUGAGAACGGGGUCCUGAGCAACCAGCGAAGCCUGCUGUGUGGCCUGGGGGCCGGGGUGGCCGAAGCUGUGCUUGUGGUUUGCCCCAUGGAGACAGUGAAGGUGAAGUUUAUUCAUGAUCAAAACUCAGCUAAUCCCAAAUACCGUGGGUUCUACCAUGGAGUCCGGAAGAUUAUUCAAGAACAAGGGCUUCGCGGCACAUACCAGGGUGUGACAGCCACCAUCCUCAAACAGGGCUCAAACCAAGCAAUCCGUUUCUCGAUGAUGACAAUGCUGCAAAACUGGUAUAAAGGUGAGGACCCUCAUAAAUCCAUCAGCCCAUUCAUCACAGCUGUGUUUGGAGCCAGUGCAGGAGCAGCCAGCGUCUUUGGGAACACCCCCCUGGAUGUGCUGAAGACACGGAUGCAGGGCCUUGAGUCGCACAAGUACAAGAACACAGUGGAUUGUGCAUAUCAGAUUCUGAGAAACGAGGGGCCCUUUGCGUUCUACAAAGGGACGGUUCCGCGCCUGGGCAGAGUGUGCCUGGACGUGGCCAUUGUCUUUGUUAUUUACGAAGAGGUCAUCAAACUUCUGAACAGGACGUGGUGAACUGAGAACAGAUUCAGCAGCGGCACCACAAAGCUCCCUUCCCCACCCCUUCCACUCUCUCUCAUUUCCCAACAGCUGCCUGACACCCCUUCUCCUUCUCUCUGUCUCUGUACCUCUUCUUGUCUCCCACUCUUUCUCCUUCCCUUCCACUUUUAAUCACCUUCCCUCCUUCCUCUGUCUCUGUCUGUCUGUCUCUCUCUCUCUCCCUCCCUCCCUCCCCCCUCUCUCUCCCUCCCUCCCUCCCUCCCCCCCUCUCCCUCCUCCUGUGACCUAAUGCUGAAUGACAAGCCAGCCUUUCUAUCAACUGCAUUUGCCAAAAAGAGCAUUGUGACUAUGAUAACUUGGACAAAUUGUCGUCAUCCUGGACGAGGCUGCCUCGAUGUCUGAAGGAUGUGGGGUGGUUGGGUAUUGUCUGGGUAAACCUGGUGCUCUAUUAUGGAGGGCAGGUGCCAAUUCUGAUGCCCUCUUUGUUAGGGGAUUUGAUUGUGAGUUUGUGGGGAGUUCUUGUUCCCUGACCCCUUCAGGAUACUUUACAGAGUUCGAAGCAGAGGCUGACACUGAGCCAGCCUGUGAAUCAGUACUGGAACCCAGCACUGUUGGGAUUAAACUGAUUACCUCUUCUACACCAUGCCAGGAAAGUAAACCACGUCAAGUAAGCUGGAAAGUACUUCUUUUCUUUUUAAAGUGCAGUUGAUUCUCAUUUGGUUUAGUAUAGCUUCCCCGAUCUGUCAGAGUGUUAUUUUUAAAAAUGUUAUUACACACGGUUUAAUUUUAUCUUUAGAAUUGAACCUUGGACUUUUUCAAAUCUUUCAGUCACCUGUCUUAAACCCUCUGUACAUGGCUCGCUGUCUGGUGCCUCUGUGAACUGGCCGAGGCAAUGUAUAAACCCAAACUGUUAACUUGGAUUACUGAGCCUGUCGCAAUCCAUUGAGUAAUCAGCUUAGACUCUACAAUACAGCAACCAUGAGGAGAUACAAUUUAGACCUCCCCCCCCCAAAACACCUACACCUCCUCUCCCUAGCCGCUCAGAUUAUGUCUCUGAGUCUGAGCUACAUUACACCAGGACUCAUCGCGGAGCCACCCCUUUGGUAAAUUAUUCUUUUUAUUUACUUAUUACAAUAUUGUUGCCCCUCGGUUGACAGACGAAAGCUGGCUCCCAUUUUAAUGAGCAAUAUUCCUGAAGCACUGAGAAAACCAGAUCAGUUGUCUAAGCUGAGUCACCACAGGAUGAUUAUAGUGAUGCUUUGUUUGAGAAUGACAGAAGAUAAUGGAUGACUUGUUCUGGAACAACAGUGUGUUGUUGGGGCUCAGUUCUAAAACAACCAAAACCAUGGAGGGGUUGUUUGAGAACAACUAAGGCGUAUAAAGUUUUGUUCUUGAGCAGCGAGGAUUAUAGAGGAAUAGAAAUUUUACUCUAGUACAGCUGAAUAUUACCAUGGAUUUUCUCUAGAAAAGUUGAAGUGUGUGCAGGUCUGUUCUAGAGCAGCAGUGCACCAUGAACCCAUUGCUCCAGAGCAGCCGAUUGGGUAACAUCCGCUUUGUUCAAGGACAACCACGGUUCGUAUGUGUUUUCUAGAAGAGCAGAGGGUACUAGAAGCUUUGUUCUGGAAAGAUCACCCAUUGUGUAGACAUUGUUCUCGAUUAUGCUGAACAACUGAAGUUCCAUUGCUGAUGUUUUGCUAAAUGGGGUCAUGGAGGCUUAUUAAAGCAGAACAAAGAAGGGGUUGUGCUGUUCCUCUGGUUUGUGCUAUGGGGUUGCUGCCUUGCUGUUAUCUCAUGUUACGUUCUUACACUGAGUUUAUAAUAAAAUUAUGGAACCUAAUUAUGGCGUAUUAAAUAUCCCAUGCUGUUAUGGAAAAAGCUGCUCACAUCAUUAAGCAGAUGUAAUUGGAAUGAGUAACUAUGAUACCCCGUCUGGCAGUGACCCUUGUGUUUUCUGGUUAAGGCUUUGAGAGUAUUGGCUGGUUUCCAGAUACCAUGUCUGUUUUGAAAAUAUCACUAAUUGAGCAGUGAGCUCUCCAUGUACAACACCCCAACCACAAACCGAACAUGGACAGCAGCACAGGAAACCUCAGGAGAGGAGAGGGUAAUGCUUACAGGCAGCACCGAGUCAUAAAUGCAUGACUUUCUGCAGAAGCUGGAAAUCCAGAGCAACUCACACA